GCGGUUCUCACCUCGCCUGCUGCCGGUCACCUUUCACAGAGAUUUUAACCCUGAAAUCCCGUCAGAGUCAAUGUAGCCGUGCUGCUAACAUGGAGGGGAGCGACUUUCGGAAAUUUUACGGGAUUCUUACGUCCUUGCUGUUGGUGUGUGGAGGAAUUUCACCGGUUUUUUGUACCACAGCUAUGGGUACCACACCACCUCCGAGUACCACCGACGUCACAGGUACCACGGCGACUGGAGGUACAACACCAGACCAAAGUACUGCAGCAACAGUACCAACAUCGGCGCCUGGUACAUCAACAGCAAUGGACGCCUCUACGGAUACUCGAACACUGACUACAGCUACCCAGUUCACUACAACAGACAUUACAAAUACCAUCGCAAAUGGGGAUACAACAUCUAAUGAUAAUGGUACUACAACGCCGAUACCAACAACGCCCCCUGCUACAACAACGGACGUGGACGCUUCAACAGAUACUCGCACACUUGGUACAGCAUCCACUGUUACCCAGGUCACUGGCACAGCUGAAAAUUCCACAGAAUUCUCCACAAAAAUCACUACGUUUCCUCCAACUUCCUCACCAGGAGGGGAAACUACGACCGAAAAUAUGUCGACAAGAGAAGCCCAGACUGAAUCCACGAUACAGACCACCACAGGGGAUGUCACGGAAAGUUCAACAAUUUUGACAACAAAUAUAAUUUCGACAGCUGAGCUGGAUAGAACGUCUGACACGUUGACCACAACAGACGCGAGAACUGAGUUGUCGGAAACUACGUCAGCCGAAGGCACGGAGGUGGCAUCCACUACGUACGUCACAGAGUUAAGAACAGGUACUACCGGCCAGCAGCUGACAACGGAGAGAGAAACUACAAUGGCGGCCACAGCAGGGGUGAUGACGUCGAUGACGACCUUCCCGUCAUCCAUUGCGACAUCCGAAACAAGUACAGGGUCCGAGAAUCCAACCGUUACCAUAGAAACGAACAGCAUAGCAACCACUGAGGGAAGCACAGAGGUCAUCAGUACAGUUGAAAGAACAACUGACAUCACAGAUGCUCCUUCGAGUGUUUCAGGCUCUACGCAAGCGCAGAUGACUGGGGUGCAAACUACAUCCGGGAUACUGUCUAGUGACGUAACGACGCCUCCACCAACCACAGCUGUCGAAAUAUCUACUGAUGCAACCGAAUUAUCGUCUUUCGGGACCGAAGUAACGACCGAAGAUUCUGUUACGGUACGAACUACAACCGAGGCCUCCUCAACUGGUUUGAGUACAUCAGGGGUACCGUCCAGUGACGUAACAACGCCUCCACCAACCACAGUUGCUGAGAGAUCUACCGAUACAACCUACUUGUCGUCUGUUGGUACCGAAGUUACAACAGCAGAUUCUUUUACGUCAGUCAAUAACCGAAAGAACAACUGCUCAGACAUCCACUCCUCAACCAACCGCCACAAGUCCACAAGUUACGACGGACGUUUCAACAGAAGAGGUUACAACUGGCUCAGAAUCAGGUACACUGGAAUCGACGACGUCAGGGACAGUGAUGACGUCGGCAGCACAGUCUUCUACGUCACAGUCAGGUACACCGGAAUUGACGACGUCAGGGACAGUGAUGACGUCGGCAGCACAGUCUGCUACGUCACAGUCAGGUACACCGGAAUCGACGACGUCGGGGACAGUGAUGACGUCAGCAGCACAGUCUACAGCGGGGACGACGAAACAAACAACUUCAGGGGUGUUCACUACCGACAUUGUGACAGAAACGUCAGGUAA